CUCAUUUAGUCGUGAGGACUACAAGGUGCUUGUUGGUCCACAAUGCUAGUGUGGUUCCUUGUGGUUUGUGUUCUCAACUGUGGAACGACAGUCCAUGGAGCUCCGGAUGACUACGUUUAUGUCUAUGGAUUUGCUACCUGGCAGCAAGCGAGUGAUUCAUGCGCUCAUUUUGGGAUGAACUUGCUCUCCAUUGCAAACGAAACAAUAUUUUCAGAGGCCAAAACAUACCUUGCUGGAACUCAUGGGCCGGGAGGUGUAGCCAGAGGCCUGUGGAUAGGUCUUCGCUUUGUGGGGAGCGGCACACCAGAUUUGAGUAAGUUCGAAUGGGAGGAUGGCUCUUCUCCAGCCUGGUCAAGCUGGGCAGACGGCUCCCCGCCCAGCACUAUAGACCCAAGAAUGUCGUGUGGGGCUAUACUAACCACUACAUCGGCCAAGGACUACAAGUGGGAUCUGGACAGCUGCAGCAAGAGGAGAGCGUUUAUUUGCCAAGGUAAAGUCAUCAAACCCGACACCCCAAGCACGACUAUGCUCCUCAACAUUGAGCCAUUUUAUAAGAAUGCAGAGAAGGGACCUCACGGGGAGACUCUGUUUUCACGAGGCACUCUUUCAGCCUGGCCCUACAUGAGUGAUCAUCUGGAGUUUGUGGAGGACUGUCUUGUGACAUGCGCAGAGGAGGCGCAGUGCAUAUCCGCUGUUUUCACCAACUCCAAAACACCUCACUGCAUCCGCCAGCAAGCAGCUCCUAUAGCGUAACAAUAGCACCACAACAUGCUGACAACUUUUAGACAUGUCCUCAAAUACUGUUGAAACUUAUCCAGAUAUGAAGUGAUACGCCUACAGUAAAAAAAGCAGAGAUUUGAAUUUAACGCUGUUCUUCAACAAUGGGAAUUCCUGUGAUAUCACAGCGUGUCACCUCAAUGUUGGAGGAAGUCCAGAAGCGAUGAAGACCCUGGAGAGUACAUUCAGAGUAACCCAUGAUUACAACCCUGGAAAUAUAAUGAUGGCGAAUCGAGAUUCGGGAUAUCCAAGGGUCGGAACACUGAAGGACGAAUUACGGCGCCUUGGACGACUGGGCAAUCCCGAACCCCUUUGCAAGAUCACGCGUCAAACGCACAUAUGUAGAAUGGUUCCAUUCUCAUAAAAUGGAAUCAUCAACAACUUCGCUGGACAUGGGUAAUCUAUGUUAGUUCAUCAACAGU